ACAAAAAAUAUAAGUACAUUUUACAGUUGAUCUCUAAAACAAAUUUUGUUGUAUGUCUUACUUUACUCCAGCACACUUAUAUAGUAAAGGCUAAAGGCUUAUCAUUAACACACUUUAUUUAUGUUCAUAGAACUUUGACCCCUGCAGAGGCUAGCUCUCAUUGGUCAAGACUUGAGCCCUAGAUCCAAUCAGAUUAAAGUUAGAUAGAAUAUACCCCGUGAUCUGUCACUGUAAGAUCUGUCAACUGUAUGGUGAGUUGUUGCUUUUUGUUCCUUUGUAUGUUUCUGAAAAUGUGGAGUACAUAUAACAAUUGUUAGAGCUUAUAAGUGUAUACUAGGUCUUCAUGAAAGUGUACUUAUUCUUUUAUCUUCAAUUCCAGCAGGCAACAUGAAUAGAGUGUGGGCUAUGUUCAGAUCCUAUCCAUACAUUACCAAUGUGGUGGGCUAUACAACCCUGUUUGCCACUGCAGACUUGAUUCAGCAAAGCAUGCUAGAAGGCACACAUGGCCAAAGCACUCAGCUCAGUGUGGAUAUUUCUGAACAGGAGGCAUCAGUCCCAUCCAGACAGGAAGGAGCUGUGGCUCACCUCAAAGACUCUGAAUGGAGCAAGCAUUCAGCAGAAGAAAAGGAUCAAUCAGUAACUGUGACAAAUGCUCCAAUGCACAGUGUUGAUUGGGGCCAGACGUUUCGCGUAGCAUUGGUUGGGUUGUGUUUUCAUUCCAACUUCAACUAUCACUGGCUACGUGCUUUAGAGAAGAGGUUUCCUGGAGGAGGGGCCAAAAGAAUAUUUGUGAAAGUGUUUCUGGAUCAGUUAGUUGCUGCUCCUGUAACAAUAAGUGCCUUCUAUAUAGGGUUGAGCACCUUAGAAGGGCGAGAUGACCCCUUGGAAGACUGGAAAAAUAAAUUCUGGACUUCCUACAAGACUGGGGUUGUUUACUGGUCCAUAAUGCAGGCGGUAAACUUUUCUCUGGUUCCCCCAAUAGCACGCACAGUUUUCGUUGGAGGAAUAUCACUUGGCUGGACUGUCUUUCUGUGUCAUUUUAGACAGCAGAAGAAUGAGUCUCAUUCCAGUUGCUCUACAUAGCAUCCAGUAAUUAUGUACCAUAAAAUGAUAAAAAUUUGUCUGCUGCUCUUCAUUUUCUGUCAGCCUGCAUCUCUUCAACCUAAAAUGUUGGAAUAUAUGUUAAUUAAAUAGGCUUAUAAGUAUAUAAGUGUAUUUUGCUGUUUUGUUCACUUUGUGAAUGGAAAAAGCUGUCGGUAAGUGACACCAGACUCGAAAGCAGCUGAUAAGAAUAUGAGUCGUCGCUGAACUUCAAAGAAAUGGCCCGGUCAUGUGACUAUGCGGAAGGUGUGAUCACUGCGUCAGCAGCUUCGAGCCGCGUCAACAGUUUUCCUGCGUUUCAGCACUUUUGAUGGACAUUUUGACUCCAAACACAAGUUGAGCUACAUGUUAUACAAUAUUAUAUAUAUAUAUAUAAACGUGUGUAUGUGUGUGUCUGGAGAGAGAGAGAUGAAAAGCCAUUGUACAGGUAUAAAGAAGGACAGUGAAUAAAUACAACAUAAACAGUGGCACGUAUCUAUACAAUGCGUUCAC